CUAGCAUAGACGAUCAAGAAGAACAAGAUUAUCUCAGCCUCAGCAGGACGCCGAUGAGGGAGAGUGCCCGUCGGGAAGACAUUACCUCAAUGCGACCUGACCCGAUAUCUAAAGUUCACAAACCUAAAAAUCAAUUGUGUAUUGUGAGUAAUCAAGGAACCAGUGGAAUUUUGAAUGCCAUAGAAUAUAACUUAGAUAGAGAAGCUAAUUACUGUCACUAUGUUGCGCCUAAUUGUAGCAUUAUAGAGUUACUUUCAAACCUAGAUAACAAAUUGAAUAGUUUUACCAUGAAUGACUACUGCAUCAUUUUUAUUGGUGAAAAAGAUAUUAAUGAGUCUCAAAAUAGUAUCAAUCUAGUAAACUGUAUUCGAGAAUCGCUAAGUAAAAUCACACAUACCAACAAAAUUAUUUGUCUUCCUACAUAUGUGUGUGGAGCGCUUAUAUAUAAUUAUAAAGUGGAAAUGUUUGGUAGCUUACUUGCGAUGGAUAUGCAAACUAACCAUUAUGCCUAUUUAUUUGACACGAAUCGGGACCUAGCUUUAGACAUGUUUUCGGAUUAUUCGGGUAGGUUAACAAAAUAUGGAAUGAGAGCAGUAUUUUCUAGUCUUAGACAAUUUAUGGACGAGAUUCACACCUGCAUGAGUAAUGAUGAAAGUAUACGUAACCAGUUUUUUCGAGGCAUCAAUAACGUCUCGACUCAAUGUUACCGAGAACGAUUUUAGCUUGACUGAUAAACCCACUGACAAAGUGGUAAUUAAUGUGUAUCAUCAGAAUUUGUGUGGCAUUAGCAAUAAAAAACUCGACUUGGAAUUAUACCUGGAUAGCUUACCUGUAGUUCAGCAUUUUGUUUGUGUCACAGAACAUUUCUUAAACAAGGUUACAGUGCCUCUUCUUGUCCUGCCUGAGUACUAUCUAGCAACUUAUAACGUAAGAACCAAUAAAAAAAGAGGUGGCAGUCUAAUUCUAUCUCGUAACGAUAAAAAAACUGAAGAGUUGUCAAUGUGCAAUAAACUGUAUUUAGCAGAGGCAUUCGAGGUUUGCGGCAUUCGAGACGUCGAAACAAAUAUUAAUGUAAUAUGUUGCUAUCGUAGUCCUCGUGAGUCUAACUUUGAAAUUUUUAUGGAAAAACUAGAACUAAUGCUAAACCACUUUUUCAACAAGAAUUGUCUAAUAUGUGGUGAUUUUAACAUUAAUUUACAUUUAAGGGACAGUAGAAGUACAGCGUUGUUAACAUUAUUAAAGUGCUACAACUUCAGACCUUUAGUGAUAACUUCUACUUUCUUGCGAAAUAACUCAGAAUCAUGCAUUGAUAAUGUGUUUACAAAUUUAACAGAGUCCUCAAUAUUAAGUAUAGACGUAGACCACAACGGUCUUGCUGACGGACACGCUGGUCUGCUGUGUAGAAUAGAGACCGAUUCCAUGUAUUCUUCAAAAUUGCAGUCACAACCAUUGAUUCGAAGAGAACGAAGGUGUUUUAACGACAUUAAUAACAAUAAAUUUAGACUUAAACUGCUAAAUCAAAAUUGGUACGAUUUAGGCAUUAACAAUUUUAUUAAGAAAUUUAUGUACACUUUUAAAAGUAGCUUUAAGAAAACACUAAAAGCCUCAAAGGUAAACAGGAAAUGUAAGUGGAUAUCGAAGGGCUUAAAAACUUCCAGCAAAAUGAAACGAUUUCUAACGAUCAUUGAUAAGGAACACCUUGACAGUUCAAUGGCUACAUAUCGUGGCAAGUACUUAAAGUUAUACAGACAACUAAUCCGAAAUGCUAAAAAAAAUGCUGUACAGUGAUUAUGACAGAGCAUUGAGAUUUGCAACGAGAAGAAAAGACCUUAAAAAUAGUUUAGUGCCUAAAUUAAAAAUUGUGCAACAUUCAGCAAGCUACCAGGCAGUUCA